UAUUUUUUCGUUGCAAGAACAGAGGAAACGAAUGCCGAAUUAUGUCGACAACAAAGUUCAGCAGAGGUGGAACACUGUCAAAAAUAAUUGAAGAACUGAUAUGCAGCCCCUCUUUGGUGGGUGGGCUUCAACCAGCAUCUUUCGCAACAGUCAACAUUCUCCUCUCCAUCACAACAUUUCUUGGGAAUUCUCUUAUCCUUGUUGCCCUUCACAAGGAAUCUUUCCUUCAUCCGCCGUCCAAACUCUUGUAUCGUUGUCUGGCAACAACUGAUCUGUUGGUUGGUCUUGUUGUCCAGCCUCUCGCUGUUACCUAUUGGAUGUCCGUGGUUCACGAACAUUGGACUCUUUGUCAUUACGCAGUGGAAGCAGCCUACAUCAUAGGCUCAGUAUUAUGUGGAGUUUCUUUGUUGACGAUGGCGGCAAUAAGCGUGGACAGACUUCUCGCCCUGCUGUCGGGGCUGAGAUACAAAGAGAUUGUAACUUUGAAGAGUGUUUAUAUCAUUAUAGCUAGUUUUUGGGUUUUAUGCCUUGUCGCCUCUUUAUGCACUGUUUUCGAUCAUCAGCGUAUAACCGCUUUGUGUACCUACAUAUUGAUACCACUUUUACUGCUUAUUUCACUCGCCUCGUACACAAAGAUAUUUCGCACUCUUAGAAAUCAUCAGGCACAAGAACAAGAUCAUGUUCAACAAAAGCCGAGCCAACCAAGGUUAUUGAACAUGGCGCGAUACAGAAAGGCAGUACACAGUGCACUGUGGGUACAGUCAGUAUUAGUUGUUUGUUACACACCAUACCUUAUUGUGAGAAUUGUUCUCACUUAUAGUACAACAUACUCAUCACAAUUAGGCGUCGCAUCGGCAAUGACAGUUAUCUUAGUUCACUUUAACUCGACUUUAAACCCGUUUCUCUAUUGCUGGAAGAUUAGUGAAGUGAGACGAGCAAUGAAGCAAACAAUCAGACAAGCACUUUGCUGUCCAUGGAGUUAGACCAUCCUCGAGUUAUACACGAUCGCAGAAGUACUUUUAGUGCAAAGCCGACCGAUAGAGAACGCUCGUCGCUUAAAUUUCU